UUUAGAUUUUUAUGGGUUAUUGGUUUCAUUGAACUUUGAAGAGACUUUAUAAAAUCUUUUAUAAAAAAGCAUUUUAUGGAAUACAAAUGCAUACUAGAAAUUUUUUUUUUGAAAAAUGAACGUAACCAGUUAUAAAAUUUAUAAAAUUGCGUGUAAUGGAAUGUUGCAUUUUAUGCCUUUACGUCCUUCGUGUGCAAUCUCUAUUUAUAUUUCUUCCAGCCUUCUUAUAGCUCUUAUACCACCUACAGCUAUUUUAAAUGUAAUUGCAUUCGCCGUUAUAUUAAAGACAAAAAAACUGCACACUCCACCAAAUGUUUUGUUAGCAAGUACAGCUUUAUGUGACUUUCUAAGUGCAAUAAUAAGCAUGCCUUUUUGGGCUUUAGUUUGGUUAUUUGCGCUUCAUGAAAAGCAUUAUUGUAGCAUCUACGUAGCGGCAGUAUUUGCAUCCCAUGUCUUAUCGUACUUAUCUUUUUUACUUGUCAGCUUUAUUUCAAUUGAUCGUUAUUUGGCAAUAUUUAAACCAUUUUUUUACGAAGAAAAAAUAGCACCCAAUCCUCAUUAUUACGCCCGGUCGGUUAUAGCAUUAACGCUGUUAGUAACAGUAAUCAAUGGGCUUAGUCUACUUACUCCCAACAAAAAGCUUAUUGAAAUUGUAAUACUUUUAUCGUUGCCCCCGUUUAUACUUCAAAGUGUGUACAUUCAUUUAAAGGUUCUUCAAAAAGUAAACGAAGUGCGAAAAAUGAUUUCCGCUUUUUCUAUUGAGCAAAAUGGAUAUUCAAAAAAAGAUAAAUACAUGGAUGCUAUGGCAUUAGAAACAUCGGAACAAAGCAGCUGUACCAAACUAAAUGAAGAUUCCAAAAAUAAUCAGAGAAAAAUUAGACGAAUGGAAAAGCAAGUAAAUAUAUACCACCUCACUUUUAUUUUGCUUGUAUCAGUUGUAAUGUGUUAUAUGCCCUAUAUAUCAAUAACUAUAAUGCUUAGAUUAAUGCCACAGCUUCGUUAUGAAGAAUGGACAAACACAACUUACAUGUGGUCCUACUUUAUCACUUGUAUAAAAUCGUUAGCUAAUCCUUUAAUGUACUGCUUUCGCUCACGAAUGCUGAGAGAACAAAUUAGAAAGACAUCAAGAAAGUUUAAAAAUGCAAGAAAAUGA